AUGGGAGUGACCCGCGCGCACAUCGUCAAGAAUGACGCACUGGAGGGCAUGCUGGGCGAGUUCGUCGGCGGCAAGGGCGGCGGCGGCGGAGGCAAGGCGGGGCGCGCGGCAAGGCACUCGUCCAGGCUGGUGGCGGCGCUGACGUGCCUCCAGCUCGCGUUCGCCAUCUACGCCACCUUCCUGCUCUACUACAUGAGCCCCGCCGUCGACCUGCGCACCAAGCCGGACUUCGCGUGGGCGACCCGCAUCGCGCAGCACUGGAAGCAGCUAAUGGCGCAGCCCGGCGGCGGAGUGGCGCCGCUGUCGCCGGAGGAGGUGUGCGAGCACGAGAGCAUCGACUUCGAGCAGAAGAAGUCCACGGACGCGACGAUGAUCCGCCUGAAGCGGGAGCUCUACGAGGAGGUGCGCGCCUUCCAGCAGCGGAGCUUCGGCGCCGAGACGCUGCCGGAGCUGCUGCGGAUGCGGUCGCGGUGGAGCGCCGGCGGCGGGAGCCAGCCGCGCGUGACGGUGAUCCUCAACCACUUCAAGCGGCGGACGCUGUGCGCGCAGCUGGAGACGCUCCGGCGGCAGACGCUGCCGUUCCACCGCGCCUGGGUGCUCGCCUUCGGGAGCCCCAACGAGGCGGCGCUCCGCCGCAUCGUGGAGAGCUACAACGACUCCCGCAUCAGCUUCGUCUCCUCCGGCUACGACUUCAAGUACUACGGCCGCUUCCAGAUGGCGCUGCAGUCGGAGUCCGACUUCGUCUACCUCCUCGACGACGACAUGAUCCCCGGCGCCCGCAUGCUCGAGAUCCUCUCCCACGUCGGCGGCACCGACAAGUACCGCAACGCCGUCCUCGGCAGCAUCGGCCGCAUCCUCCCCUUCCGGCAGAAGGACUUCACCUUCCCGAGCUACCGCAAGUUCCGCUCCAAGGAGGCCGGCCUCUACCUCCCCGACCCGGCCUACGACAUCACCGUCGACCGCAUCGUGCAGGUGGACUUCCUCUCCAGCUCGUGGUUCCUCGCCGCCGACCUCGUCAAGGCGCUCUUCAUCGAGACGCCCUUCACCUUCAUGACCGGCGAGGAUCUCCACCUCAGCUACCAGCUGCAGAAGUACAUGGGCGCGGGCUCCUUCGUGCUCCCCGUCGACCCCGCCGACAAGGAGACGUGGGGCGACAGCGAGCACCGCCUCGCCUACGUCGCGGAGACGACGGUCAUCUUCAAGGACAUCGUGCAGGUCCGCGACGAGCAGUGGUGGCGCGCGCUCACCUCCGGCUACGUCACGCAGUGGGCGGCCAUGCACCCGCAGAAGGUGGACGCGCUCUUCUACGCGCACUCGCUCGGCGAGGUCCGCGCGCUGGCGCCGCUGCUCGAGCGGUUCCGCACCACCGCCGGCCGGAAGGCCUACCUCGUCGUGUCCGGCGGCGGCCACUGCCCCUGCGAGGAGGCGGCCACGGUGCUCAAGUGGCCCAAGGUGGUGUGCAAGGAGAGGCGCUUCAAGAUCUUCGACCUCGGCCUCGGCGCGCUCUCUGGCCCGUCGCCGUCGGAGGUGCCCGUCGUCCAGGCCGUCUACUCCAGCAUGCGCGGCAUCGUACGGAUGCACAACCCGAGCGUCAUCGUCGCCGUCUCCGACGUCAACGCCAAGGUCAAGGACGCGCUCCGCAUGGCCGCCGACGCCGCCGUCAACCGCACCGCCCUCGUCCUCCUCCCGCGCAACUCCAUCUCCAAGGUGCUCUGGAUGGCCACGCUCCGUCCCACCUCGCUGCCGAAUUGGAACAGGAUGCGGAUCUCGGUGAACAUCAUCACGCAGAACCGGGCCAAGUCGCUGCGGCGGCUGCUGGCGUCGCUGCGGAGCGCCUACUACGUCGGCGACGAGGUGCCCAUCAGCUUCAACAUGGACAGCCGCGUGGACGCGGCGACGCUGAACGUGGUGAACUCCUUCGAGUGGCCGCACGGCGGGAAGACGCUGCGGCGGCGGAUCAUCCAGGGCGGGCUGAUCCGCGCGGUGAGCGAGAGCUGGUACCCGGCGUCCGACGACGACUACGGCCUCCUCCUCGAGGACGACAUCGAGGUGUCCCCCUACUACUACCUCUGGGUGAAGUACGCCCUCCUCGCCUACCGCUACGACCCGCAGGUGGCGCUGCCGGAGCUCUCGUCCAUCUCGCUCUACACGCCGCGCCUGGUGGAGGUGGUGAAGGAGCGCCCCCGGUGGAACGCCACCGCCUUCUUCGGCCGGAGCCACCACCCCAACACGCCCUACCUCCAUCAGCUCCCCUGCAGCUGGGGCGCCGUCUUCUUCCCCAAGCACUGGCGCGAGUUCUACGCCUACAUGGCGGCGCGCUUCACCGAGGACGCCAAGCAGAACCCCGUCCAGAUACCUCGCUCCCGCACCAAUGGCUGGCAGGCGUCGUGGAAGAAGUUCUUGAUCGACAUGAUGUACCUCCGCGGCUACGUCAGCCUCUACCCCAACUUCCCCAACCAGACGAGCUUCUCCACCAACCACAUGGAGCCCGGCGCGCACAUCAGCGCCAAGGACAACGUCCUCAAGCACGACAGGCGCGACUUCGAGGUGCCGCUCGUCGCCGACGACUUCUCGCCGCUGCUGCCCGCCGGCAAGAUGCCGCCGGCGUCCAAGCUGCCCGUGCUCAACCUCUUCAACCAGCCCGUCUCCUUCAAGGGCCUCAAGGCCGCCGGCGCCAAGCUCCGGCAGGACGUCAUCGGCUGCGCCGCCACGCAGCUCGUCGCCGUCGACCACGUCACCGGCCUCCCCAAGAACUGCACCAACUUCUGA